AGCGCACGUGAUAAUACUUGUUGUUGACGAGUAACAGACUAUCCCGAAAAGCCGAGAGGUUUUAAACGUGGGGGAAAUGAAUAUUGAAUUUGUCAACGAUGGUUUUGAGCUAUAUGAAAACCCAAGUAUUGCAAAGAUCGAGGGCGAUGAGGCGACUAAGCCGCAUUCGGAAUCGCCUUCUAAUGGAACAAAAAGCCAAAACUUACCUUCGGAUAUGCUGGAGUGCGAAAAUUGUCCUGUUUUUCUUUCGAAGCCAUCGACGACUCUGUUAGUUGCAAAUUCAGAGCCCGAUAUCCGGCAUCAGGAAGAAAAAAUCGAAAAAGUCAAUGAUGUGGGAAACGAAGGAGAGGAGCGCGGGGGAUGGAGCAACAAGCUUGAUUUCCUGUUCUCUUGCAUAAGUGUCUCGGUAGGAUUGGGCAACAUUUGGCGUUUUCCUUAUCUUUGUUACAAAAAUGGCGGGGGAGCAUUUCUGAUAGCGUACUUUGUUGCCAUGGUAUUUUGUGGCAUUCCGAUAUUCUACGCAGAAGUUGCAUUAGGACAAUAUUUAGGAGUUGGGGGUAUGACAUUUAUUGGCCAAUUAGUGCCUAUUAUGAAAGGUGUGGGUUUUGCAACCAUGGUUGUGGUCGUACUGAUCGACAUUUAUUACACCAUUAUCAUCGCUUGGACCCUAUUCUACUUGAUUGCGUCGUUCAGCGCUUUACCUAGUCUUCCCUGGGCGGGUUGUGAUAAUGCAUGGAAUACACCGAAUUGUUACGUCCCGACUGACGUUGCGAAUCUGACGUAUGGGAUCAGCCUUACCAACUCAUCAGUGUCUGCAGUCGAAGAAUUUUGGACUGAGCGAGUUUUAGGUAUCACAGAUGGCAUCGACAAUUUGUCUUCUGUGCGUUGGGAACUGUUUGGAACGUUGGUAUUGGCAUGGAUUCUUGUUUACUUCAUCAUCUGGAAGGGCUUAAAUGAAAGCGGUUACAUAGUCUGGUUUACAGCCUUGUUUCCCUACGUUAUACUUUUGGUGCUUCUUGUUCGAGCAGUUACGCUGGAAGGAGCGGAGAUUGGAUUGUUGUACUAUAUCACCCCGAAAUGGGAUCUCUUGCUGACUGCUGGGCCUUGGAUUGAUGGCACAACCCAAAUCUUCUUCGCCUAUAGCAUCGGGACCGGAGCCUUACCCGCACUAGGUUCAUAUAACACGUUUAAAUAUAACUGCUUCAGGGACGCCAUGAUAACUUGCCUAGUGAACACGGUGACAUGUUUGAUUGCAGGAAUCGUUACGUUUGCAAUUCUUGGAACAAUUGCGCAUGCUACCAAUGCCAGUAUUGAUUCGGUGGUGAAUUCCGGGCCUGGCCUUGUUUUUAUUACAUAUCCAGAAGUAGUUCUACGCCUUCCAGGAGCGCCAGCCUGGGCAGUACUUUUCUUUAUUAUGCUUGCGAUUUUAGGAAUCGAUUCAGAAUUUUGUAAUGUCGAAUCUUUCGUUACUGGACUUAGCGACAACUGGCCGGAAAAAUUACGAAAAAAUAGAAAAUUCUUCACGUUUUUGUGUGUGUUAAUGAUGUUUCUUCUGGAUAUUCCCAUGAUAACUCAGGGUGGUGUUUACAUAUUUCAGUUGAUGGACUAUUAUUCGGCCAGCGGGAUGUCUAUGCUGUUCCUUGUAUUUUUCCAAACAAUUUCUAUAGCAUGGAUAUUUGGCACUAGCCGCUUCUGCGACUGCAUUGAACAGAUGUCCGGUAGCAAACCGUCUUGGUUCUUCUACGUUUGCUGGUCUUUCUUUGGCCCCCUUGUUAUGGCAAGUGUAUUUUUAUUUUACGUCAUCCAAUAUAUCCCAGUAACAUACGGUGAAAACUACCAAUACCCUUGGUGGGCUGAAGCCAUUGGAAUCACCAUCAGCUUGUCUUCCAUGUUAUGGAUUCCUGGUUAUGCUGUCUACUACAUCGUAACGACUCCGGGAGCGCUAAGAGAAGUAUUGGCUAAAGGGGUUACGCCUGUUUGCAAGCCCAGAAGUGGAGCUCCACCAUUACCACCUACCGCGGGCGUAGCCAAAAAACUUAGUGAUGUUUUAUAGUGUGUCAUACGUCCUAAGUUCACAUAGCCAGCUUCAAACUGCUUCCCCUGGAGCCGUAUGUCAUACCGAAAUAUAACAAAAGCGUUGGCAUGAUAUCAGGUAGGCGACGUAAGUGACGAUGAAGGUAUUCAACAGUGUAAUCUACAUAAGAAUGGAAAGUAAGCGAACUAAGCUAUUUUUUGAGUACGCAAAAUGUAAUAGGCUAUCCUUAGGUACUGUUUCACAAAUUUGGCGUAAUUUUUGAGCCCAAACCGAGUAUUCUAGUAUUAUAUACUUAGACGUGAAAUAGUUUUUAAAAGUUCUGUCGUUUAAACUGUAAAAUCCCUAAUAAUAGCUCAU